AUGAAACGUCGGUUUAAGAAAUCGACAUUCAUUCAGGUCACAUUCAUGCUAUUGUGCAUCUUUACUCUGAUUUCUAGUGUGAAACUAUCAGGAUGCCUCUCGCUAGAUUUUGUUUUAAGGAGAGCAAAGUCUUCAUGUAUAGUUGCCUAUGCAACUGAUGGUUGCAGUGUUGCUGAUCUAUCUAAAGAGUAUAAACAUUUUCAGUAUCUGAAAAACCUGCUGAUAAACAAUGAUCAAGGAAUCCUGGUUGGAUUUGUUGAUAUAAAUGACGCAUGGCCCGACGGGAGUGAAAUUACUGGAAAGUAUGAUGUCACUAUUAACAUUGGGGAUGUAGUGUUGUUCGAGAAAAUUACGAAGGAUAGACAGGAAUUAUAUCCUACUGUGCAACCUCAAAGUAUCGAUCCUUUUGUUCAUAAAAACGUAUACAGCAUCGCAGAGCUGAUAGACUUUAUAAACAAGGGUUGUUAUACGUAUCUUAAUACUACUGGUGGUUUGUCCAAACAAGGCCUUCAUCGUAAGGAAAUUCUGCAAUCGAAAUUUUACGUUAAAAAUGUUUCUUAUGUCCAAUCCAAAGAUGUAUUUUUGCAAAAGUGUUCUGAAAAUGAUCAAGUUUGUUUUUCUGAUCGUAAUUUGCAUGUUCAUGAUAUCCCAAGACUUCCCGAAUGCGAGAAAAUCCACCUACCAACACGUGAUGAUUUUUUUCACAAAUAUUUGAAAAAGUCAAAGCCAGUUAUCUUCAAAGGAGUUUUAAAAGACUGGCCAGCAUUUACAAAAUGGUCAAACAGGUACUUGAGAGAAAAAUAUGGAGAACAUGAAAUCCUGUUCCAGCUAACACCGCAGGGUGAAUAUGAAAGAAUCGAACCUAUAAAUAUUUGGGAGAAUCACCAAAAAUUCAAGUUUCCUCGAUCAUGCUCCGAUCAGAUUCUUUCACCUGAUCUAGUGAUGGUAAGACCCGCUAUUGAAAACAGAAAUCUUUCGGUUUUUAUGGACAUUUUGGAUGGAAUUUCCAAUGGGUCCAUUAGUAAUAUGUCCGCGUAUUUAGAAUACGCUUCCAUUCCUCUGUAUCUGCCAGAAUUGGAAAAAGACAUUCGAGAAGAAAUGCUCUUCAAGGGCCUCUUAAAAAAGGAGAUGCUGAAUAUUUGGCUCAGCGAUGGAAGAACUCUUGGAAAAUUGCAUUUUGAUGCAUAUGAUAAUUUUCUUUGUCAGAUAAGUGGCAGAAAGCAAGUCAUUUUAUUCGAUCCUCAGAACAACCACCAAUUUUAUGAAGGUCACAUUCAAGAAGCUAGUAUGUCGUAUAACUUUACGUCGAAGUCAUUUCAAAGGCGAUAUUUGCAAGACACGACGGUGCAAGCAUUUUCUCCUGUCGACAUCACAAACCCCAAUUAUACAAGAUUUCCAUUGUUUGGAGACACCUACCCCAUGAACUGCACCAUAGAGGAAGGUGAUGUUCUGUACUUGCCCUCCUUUUGGUGGCAUGAAGUUCAGUCCUUUCCUAACAUAACUGCAGGAAGGAAUCUAGCCAUAAACCUCUGGUAUGAACCGUUUUUAAUUCGAGAUUACCCGUGUCCUGAGUGCCAACUAGACGUCAAUCCAAAGUACAGACAUCUUCUGUGACAUAUUGACAAACUUCU